CGGAGCGGAGUGGAGUAGGCAGAGGCCGGGCUGCAUUGCAGCCCGAGAUGCUGUCGGGCCGCCGCAGCGCUCAGCAGCCGGGAGCCCUACAUUGAAGGCACCUUUGUAAGGCUCGCUGCCCAGCCGGCUGGUAAAGUGAGUGCUGAAGAGUUUGAUGACAUAGACGACUGAAUUUCUUUGUUUACAGUACACGUUAUGAACCCUUUGUGGAGCAUGUCUACAAGCUCUGGACGCAAACGAUCAGAUGGUGAAGAGAAGACAUUAAUGGGGGAUGUGAAAACUAGUCCUCCAAGAACUGCACCAAAAAAACAGUUGCCUUCUAUUCCCAAAAAUGCUUUGCCUAUAACAAAGCCUACAUCUCCUGCCCCAGCAGCACAGUCAACAAAUGGCACACAUGCUUCUUAUGGACCCUUCUACCUGGAAUACUCUCUUCUUGCAGAAUUUACCUUGGUUGUGAAGCAGAAGUUGCCAGGCGUCUAUGUGCAGCCAUCUUAUCGCUCAGCAUUAAUGUGGUUUGGAGUAAUAUUCAUAAGAUUUCGAUUUGUCUAA